AUGGAAGAAAGUCCUGUGAUGACACAGGCAGAGAUUGGAGUGAUGCAGGCCUCGGAUCCCAGACCGGUGUGCGCCCCGCCGAGUCAUGUGACCAAGGCUGUGUAUGUAUUGAAAGGCAAUGACCCAGUGCCGGGCACGGUCCACUUCGAGCAGAAGGGAAAUGAGCGGGUGAUGGUCUCGGGAUCCAUCACAGGAUUGACUGAAGGCGAGCAUGGGUCCCACACUCAUCAGUUUGGGGAUGAUACACAAGGCUGUGUCAGCGCAGGUCCUCACUUCAGUCCUCUUUCCAAAACACAUGGUGGGCCAAAGGAUCAAGAGAGGCAUGUUGGAGACUUGGGCAACGUGACUGCCGGCAAAGAUGGGGUGGCUCACGUGUUUAUUGAAGACUCUACCAUUGCCCUCUCAGGAGACCAUUUCAUCAUUGGCUGCACAACGGUGGUCCGUGAAAAACCAGAUGACUUGGGCAAAGGUGGAAAUGAUGAAAGUAAAAAGACGGGAAAUGCUGGAAGUCAUUUGGCUUGUGGUGUCAUUCGGAUCGCCCAGUAA